CGCGACUGUGCGACGCUACUUCACACAUGUAUGCGUCCAUCAUGAGUCACAGAAUUCGUGGUCGCAUCAUCUCCGGUCGCGUUCCCUAAUUAAGCCUCCCUCGCCCCGACGAUAGCGAAGAUGCGACUAUAGUCCCGCAAGGAGCACGUGAGAAGGACCGCUCUAUCCCGUCGUAUCCUGAGGAAGGUUCGGUAUUAUCCUCGCUGCUGUUAAAGAAGAUGGCUCUGGCGGCCGGUAAUCGCGUCCCUUCGAUCGUCGUUCUCGUCGCCGUCGCCACCACCGCCGUCACCGUCGCCGUUGCCAUCGCUGUCGCCGUCGCCGUCGCCUGCACCUAGUGUCGUGCGUGUUUUCUUCUGUAUAUCCCGUCACCAAUCCCCCGUAAGCCUCCUCUGCGUGGUGGAUCCCUCACGUGCCCGGACGACGGUUUCUCGUCUUCCCCGUAGUUCUCUCCACCAUCCCACUCGUAAUGUAUCUUCGCGAGGCACUCUGGAGAAUGUCAACCCCGAGAUGGAACUUCAUAGCGAUCGUGACUCCCAGGAAUUUCCGAGAACGCUAAGGGUGUAGGAGAAAGAAAGAGGAUCGGAGCUCGUACACGGUUGCACGUGGGUGUUUUAUUUCCUUUGAAGCUUCCUCUUUUCACUGUAAGCAUCCUAAAAGUUUCCUUGCUAUUGCCCAAUGAAUGAAAGCAUGGAUCAGACUAGAAACAGACCAAGUAGACCGCGUCUGCGGUCACACGGUAACUCUGCUAGAGUUCUUGUAUUUGAUCAAAACGAAGCAGAAGAAACUGCCGGUAAUAUGGAAAAGGAAGUACACAAACGUCCAAUACCACCAAAAGUUGAAAGCAAGGAAGCUCCAGUUCGGCCUGUUAGUGGAGAGCUAUCAAAUCUAGUUCGCAUGAGAAAUUCUGCGAUCGGAAAAUCAGCACCUUCUCUGUCAGUUCACGUGCGUGACUUUAACAUUUCUCGUCGCGCUGCUAAAGCGGCUCAUCGUAAAUCUCUCAUUACAACUACAUCACCUACUUUACCACGUUGCCAUUCACCUUUAUCGGCAUUCGUCCCGAUUGUAGGCAGUCCCUUAGAAAGCCCUAGGAUGUCAUCCAGUCCACACUUUGCUUUUGCUCCAAUUAAAAGAAUUGGUGGAGGUGCUACAGGAACUGGUGAUGGCAGAAGAUGGUCAGUUGCUAGUUUACCGUCCAGUGGUUAUGGAACAACACCUGGCUCUAGUAAUGUCUCGUCACAAUACUCGAGCCAAGAACGUUUGCAUCAACUGCCAAAUGUUCCCACUAAGGACGAACUACGCAUGUUAUCUUGCCACUUCUCUAAGCCUGGAACACCAUGCUCCUCACAUCCGGGCUUUCCAGGCUCUAGCAUAUCGAGUAUUCCAGGUAGCGCGUCUCUUAGCCUUGAGGAAGAAGGUCGUCGAUCACCAUUACAUCGUCCACGUUCUCGAAGUUUGAGUAGUCCAAGUCGAUCACCUGUUCUCGACAGCGAAAUUGUUAUGAUGAAUACUUUGUAUAAAGAAAGAUUUCCAAAGGCAACACAACAGAUGGAAGAGCGACUGACCAAUUUUAUUAAUGAAAACAAAGAGAUAGAUGAAUAUGAAAUAAUGGCUAACAUGACGCAAGAUUCCUUACCAAUUUUACGUUUUGUACAUCAUCAAGUAAUCGAAAUGGCCAGAGACUGCUUACAGAAAUCUCAGGAAAAAUUAAUUACAACGAGAUAUUUUUAUGAGAUGAGCGAAAAUCUGGAACAUUUAUUAAUGGAGACAAAAGAUAAAUCUUUAGAAGCAGCUACGAGAUUAACAGGAUUGAUAAAGAAACUUUUAUUGGUUAUAUCGCGUCCAGCUCGUCUAUUAGAAUGUUUGGAAUUCGAUCCUGAAGAAUUUUAUCAUUUACUCGAACAAGCAGAGGGCCAAGCUAAAGUCAAUGCUGGAAUAAAAACUGAUAUUCCCCAAUAUAUCAUUACAAAAUUAUCUUUAAAUAGGGAUCCUAUAUCCGAGCUGCAGGAGGAUUUGAAUAAAUUGGAGGAUUCAGCAAGCUCCAGUGACAGUAAUCUACAAGUAGCAUCGAGUCCAAAUAAGGAUGAUGAUAAAUGUCAACGUAUUCCGUGCGAAAGUGACUAUGAAGUAUUGAAACUCAUUAGCAAUGGUGCAUACGGCGCGGUAUAUUUGGUAAAAGAGAAGACCACUCGACAGAGAUUUGCUAUGAAGAAAAUCAAUAAGAAUAAUUUAAUGCUACGAAAUCAAGUAGAGCAAGUCUUUGCCGAAAGAGAUAUAAUGAGUUUUACAGAUAAUCCAUUUGUAGUCUCCAUGUAUUGUAGUUUUGAAACCAAGAAACAUUUAUGCUUAGUAAUGGAAUACGUAGAGGGAGGGGAUUGUGCAAAUCUGUUAAAAAAUAUAGGUCCACUGCCACCAGAUAUGGCAAGAUUUUAUUUCGCAGAGACUGUCUUGGCUGUUGAAUAUUUACACAGUUAUGGCAUUGUACAUCGGGAUUUGAAGCCUGAUAAUUUACUUAUCACUGCCUUGGGACACAUCAAGCUUACUGAUUUUGGCCUCAGUAAAAUGGGUCUAAUGUCCUUGGCAACAAAUCUUUACGAGGGCUAUAUCGAUCGAGAUACACGACAGUUCUCGGAUAAACAAGUGUUUGGAACACCAGAAUACAUCGCCCCAGAAGUUAUAUUGCGCCAAGGUUAUGGUAAACCGGUGGAUUGGUGGUCCAUGGGUAUUAUAUUGUAUGAAUUUUUAAUUGGCUGUGUUCCAUUCUUUGGCGAAACACCUGAGGAAUUAUUUGCUCACACAGUGAAUGAUGAUAUUGAAUGGCCAGACGAAGAUGAUUGGCCUGUCCAACCGGAGGCGAAGGACAUUAUAACGGUUCUAUUACAACAGAGCCCUAGAGAUCGAUUAGGAACUGGUGGAUCGCAUGAAGUUAAAGAGCAUCCAUAUUUUUAUGGAGUAAAUUGGAACAGCUUACUUAGACAAAAAGCUGAAUUUGUACCACAACUAGUUAACGAUGAGGAUACAAGUUAUUUUGAUACUCGUAUGGAUAGAUAUAAUCAUGACUUAGGUGAUGAUACAGAUGACACCGAUGAUUCUCCCUUAUUCGGGUCGUUCUCCUCUUAUUCACCACAAUCACGCAAAAUCUCUCAAACGCGCCCGCCUCAAUUCAAUUCCGACGCAGAAUCCGAUCUUUCUAAGAAACAACUGUUCCGUACUGAACUUGAAGGCACUUUUGCGCAACUAUCUCUCGGAUCGACCAUAUCAUCAGCUACACCGCCAUCCAAACUCGUUGAGUCACAAUCCGUAUCAUUAUCUGAGAAAUAUCGGCCGCCCCAUCCAUCAGUAAAGAAUAAUACCUGCAUCGAGAAUCAAAGCAGAACCGACAAACCAAAUAUUGUAUCAUCCUGUAUAACAUCCGGCACUGUUGUUUCAAGUAAUGAGUCGACACAAUUAUCGAUCACUAAAGGUGCCCAGGCAGAAAGAACAUCAAUCAAUCUGAGUACACCCGAUUCUUCGCAAACCGAAUCCGAAGAUAUCAGCCCUCAGAUUCAAAGAAAACGACAUACGCACUCCCGUGAUAAGCUGCCCAGGUUUAGUAUAUCCAUUGAUGAUGAACACAUAUUGGAUCUCGUAGUGGCGAAUAAAGACGCAGCGGAGGAAAGCAAACACAAUUCCAGUACUGAUUCCUUCGAAUCUUUCAGUGCCAUAUCCGUAUUACCAUCCGCCCGACAGAAGUCUCGAUCUGUCAUAAAAUCCGCUUCGACUAGUGGAUUAUCAUUAGUGAUUCCGACCAGUGAUUUUGCCUAUGACGCACCACUAAAUGUUCAACCCAUUGAGUCGCCUGGUGGAUCAUCAACUGCAUCUUCGAGAGAUACUUCCCCUUGCCGUGAGCUUAGUCCUCUUGUGACUAGUCUGAAACCGCCUAUUAUCAUUCGUCGAGGACCAUGUGGCUUUGGCUUUACCGUACACACCAUUAGAGUUUAUUAUGGCGACAGUGAUUUCUAUACCAUGCAUCAUCUAGUAAUGGAGGUUGAACAGUCCAGCCCGGCAUUCGAAGCCGGUUUGAGACCAGGCGAUCUGAUUACGCAUAUAAACGGUGAACCGGUGCAGGGUCUAUAUCAUACUCAAGUUUUGCAGCUGAUGCUAAGCGGCGGUGAUCACGUAACAUUACGUAGCACGCCAUUAGAAAACACCAGCAUCAAGACCGGUGGUAGACGACGCGAUCUUGCGCAAAGUAAACUGGCACGUCGGACGCUGCAUAAGCAACGAAAGCAAAAACGAGAUCACACAGACAAGAAACGGAAGACAUCUCUUUUUAAGAAAAUAAGCUCUAAACGGGCGAGCGUAGAGAUGCAGCAGCCGUUAACUAUCAGUUGUCCAUUGUCAGCACCCAUUUUGUCCAGCGACAGCAAACCUCCACUUAUGAUGGCCGCAGGAAUUUGUUCACCCUCGAUGGUCACACCCAGUCGAUCAUUUCAGUCGUUCACUCGCUCGCAGGAGACAUCGCCAUAUUUUACAGCCUGUUCGAAAUCCGUCUGCAGCUCGUCCCCACCGGCAAAUCGUGUCAGCACAGACUCUUAUCAUUCUACCGGAAAUUCGAGUCCGUGCUCCAGCCCGAACUCCUCGUCUCCGGGCUCGAAUACGUCCGUGGGUAAUCUAUCAGGCAUAUCGAACCAAUCGCAUUACCAGCGUCCAAGUACUCUUCAUGGUCUCAAGCACAAGCUGCACACGGCCGCGAAGAACAUCCAUUCACCAAAUCGCAGAAAAUCCGUUGGCCACAUACCGUUAUCGCCGUUGGCCAGGACACCGAGUCCAUCACCGAUUCCUGCUAGUCCGACAAGAAGUCCAAGCCCAUUGGCGUUUCCCACGGGCCAUCAACCCGGUAGUUCCAACACUACGCAGUCGUAUAGCCCAGGAGCAUGUUUAUCGACACCGAAUAAUCAGAAAAAAGGAUAUGGCCGUCCAAAAUCUGCAGAACCGGGUUCGCCGCUACUUCGACGAGCACUUAGUCCUGAUCGGCUUCAUCCACGUUCGGCGGAAAACAAAACAUCGAUAUCGCCAUUGGUGAAUACCGCGGUGAAAGUGACACCGCGCGUGACAAUCGCGCAAUCAUCCCACAAUAUCAGCGAUGCAUCGGAUGACUCCAACGAUAGUUUUAAAGAAGCCAAUGAGAAUGCAAAGGGCGAAAAAAAAGUGCCAAGUGAACAGAAAGCGGACUAUUCUAAAUUGACUCAUGGUAUAUCUAUUAAUUUAGGAAACGUAAGUAUGUCGAAUUCUUGUGGUAGUACGCAAUUGCCGCGAAUAGCCGAGGAGAAAGAUUCGCCAACAGGUACCAAGAGCGAUGAUUACUCGUCAUCGAAAGAAAUCAGCAUGGAAAACGACAAACAACAAUCAACGUGUAGUAACAGUCAGCCCGGAGAUAUAGAGAAAGUUCAGAACGAUGAACGCCAAGCUACAAGCAAUAGUAAAGUACAACAAUGCUUUGAAAAAGAGGAGACCGUUCCAUUUGGUGUUCUGCAAACGAGCACACAGCAAGUAAUUAAUGCCACGAGCUUACAAAAGAACUUGGAUCAGAGGCAUUGUCAAACCGGCGAGAAAUCUACCGCGACAUCUUUACCGCAUAAAGUGCUUGUCACCGAACAAAAAAGCACUGGUAAGAGUAACGUAGAAGUUCACCAAGAGACUAAGAAGGUAUUUAAAAAGUACAAGUCCGACUCUGGCGAUGGCACCGCUUCAAACACGCACGAAACUAAUGCAGGAUUGGGAAAAGAUAAAAAGAAUUAAUUAAUUUUGUUUGCUAUUUGAGUAAAUGUCUGAGGAAGCAUCAGUCUCCUAUAUGUAGCGGAAAGCUUUACCUAUGUGUUAAUCAAACAUGAAAUGAGAAGAAAGUUAUUCUGCAGAAUUUGAAUGCUUUGUCGAAUAACUUUGAGACACUGACGAUUGUAUGAGAGAUAAGAGACUAAUACAAAAAAAAAAGAAAGAAAAGAACACGGAAAAACAGGAAACAGCACAGAUUUUGAAUUUAUAUAACUUUAUUGAACUUCUAUAUUCAAACUUAUAGGCUUCCGUCAACUGAAUACCUGAAAGCGAUUAAGAUAUUUAUAUAUAUUUCCAA